GCUCAACUGGGAGCCCAAUGCUCCAUUGUGUGAUUUUUUUUGCUUCUAAGCCUAACCCUAAGAGGUUUGCUGCCAACAACGAGGGGGGGAUGGGUAAUGCCCUUCCGCGGCCCGGGUUUAGAAGUCAGUUCAUUGUCGGUAUCAAGUGCGGCAUUUGUAUCUCAUUCAAACCCUCCCGUGCUGGAAGCAGGAUAUGCGGAUAGUACUCAACCUUCACGGCCCGCGAGACGAAUACUACUCCGGUUGCUUCAAUGCGCUGUGGGACUUGGCGCCCUCGAAACCAUCGUUCCCCUAGCUCACUUUGCUGCCUUCCGUGCCGUACCUUGUAGCGCCGAGCGCGCCGUCGACUGUUUGGUAUGGUAUCCACCAUUGCUUCACGUUAUGGAAAUGAUCGCCGCGUAGAGGUCUUCCACGCCGCGUCAUGACUCUUUUGGAGCUCUUGCAGUGCUGAAAGGCGGCUUGCCGAGGGAUCGCUUCCAGAAAUCAAACUUACGAUAUCUAUGGCAUGGAGCAAGCCCUCAGGCGUUGCUCAAAGGUGG